CCUGCGCUCCGGGGCAUCCCCGGCCGACCGACGACAACUGCAGAAGCAGCGCUUCGGUUGUCCUUCACCACCUCUCUCUCUCUGUGUCUCCCGCCCCAAUGGCCCUCGCCCGCCCUUUACCGCCGCUAUGGCAGACGUUGCUGCCCGCCCUUAAUGGGCCUGCUGCGCGACGGCCCCUCUUGAACUUGCCGUUGUUGCAACGCCUCACCCAUCCGCUGCGAAUGCUACCCACACCCUUCGCUUCUCUCGCCAUUCCAUCACUAUCGCUCCCCACAUUUCCUUCGCUGGGAGACAUAUGGGAAGGCAUCCUCAAGGCUGUACCAAAAAAGAAGACAUCACACCGCAAGAAGCGACAACGCUUCAUGGCCGGCAAGGGCUUGAAAGAUCUCACUUCGCUCACCAAAUGCUCCGCCUGUGGUAGAGUAAAACGAGCCCAUAUCCUUUGCCCAUACUGCGUCGAUGCUAUCAAAACCAACAUUUUUGGACAAGCAUGGUGGUCGGUGCGAAAACCGACCGAAAAACAGCUCAAGCAAAUCAAGCGGGAAGAACGACAAAAUAAACUGAGGAGACUCACCUACAAACCUAGUCCCACUGACUACGACGCGAAGGAUCCCAUCAUUAAGCACGGCGAUUGGAAGCAAAAAUGA